AUGUUUCCUAGCAUCUCGGCAACUCAGGUGGUAGUGGACCCGGGGUGCAAGUGUGAGGAACAUGACACUCGCCUGAAGAGGUUCCAGGAACAUGACACUGUUCUGAAGGGGUUACAGGAAUCUGAAACUGGCCUGGAGUUCCAGGAACAUGACACUCGCCUGAAGAGGUUCCUGGAACAUGACACUGUUUUGAAGGGGUUACAGGAAUCUGAAACUGGCCUGGAGUUCCAGGAACAUGACACUCGCCUGAAGAGGUUCCAGGAACAUGACACUGUCCUGAAGGGGUUCCAGGAACCUGAAACUGGCCUGAAGGAGUUGCAGGAACAUGACACUGGCCUGAAGGGGUUGCAGGAACAUGACACUGGCCCGAAGGAGUUCCGGGAACAUGACACUGGCCUGAAGGGGUUCCAGGGACAUGACACUGGCCUGAAAGGGUUCCAGGGACAUGACACUGGCCUGAAAGGUUUCCAGGGACAUGACACUGGCCUGAAGGGGUUGCAGGAACAUGACACAGGCUUGAAGUGGUUUCAGGAACAUGACACUGGCCUGAAGCGUCUGCAGAAACAUGACACUGUUCUUAAGAAGGGAUUCCAGGAACAUGACACUGGCCUUAAGAAGGGAUUCCAGGAACAUGACACUGGCCUUAAGAAGGAAUUUCAGGAACAUGACACUGGCCUGAAGGGGUUCCAGGAAUAUGAAAUUGGGAUCAGGUCUUCAGGCAACCACAAGUUGGCACUAAGCUAG